GCGCUUCAGAUUCUCCUCCUCUCCCUCUCCCUCUCCGAGGCGACGAUCUUCUUCCUCCGACUUCCUUCAAAUCGGCCUAGGGCUUCGUAGCAAUUGCACCGGCCUCUUCUCGAUUCGGCCGCGAACGGGUAGCUGCUCCGAUCUAGUUCGUCUCCGACAUGGCGCCUGGAAAGAAGAGGUCCGGCGCCGGCACUUCUCGCGAGGAGGCUCCCGUCAAGGUCCGCGCGAAGGGCCCCAGGAAGAAGGAAGAGAUGAAGGACGAGGACAUGUCAGAAGAAGAUUUGGCACUGAAGCAGCAGUUGGAGCUGUAUGUGGAAAGGGUUCAGCAUCCUGAUCCUGGGUUACGGAAGGUUGCUCUGAAGAGCAUGAGACGAGAAAUUCGUGCUUCAACAAGUUCAAUGACUUCAGUUCCGAAGCCCCUGAAGUUUCUCCAACCUCAUUAUGGAACUCUUAAGGCGUAUUAUGAAACAAUGAAGGAUUCAUAUUUGAAGAGAUACCUAGCGGACAUACUCUCUGUUUUGGCCUCGACAACGUCUGCUGAAGGGGAACGGGAGUGUCUGAAGUACAGGUUGUUAGGUUCAGAAGGUGAUAUUGGCUCUUGGGGCCAUGAGUAUGUCAGGAAUUUAGCUGGGGAAAUUGCUCAAGAAUAUAAAAAGCGACAGAGUGAGGAGGCUCCUAUAAAUGAUCUCAUGGAGCUUGUACAGCAAAUUGUAGCUUUCCAUAUGAAGCACCAUGCUGAACCUGAAGCUGUUGACCUGUUAAUGGAGGUCAAACACCUUGAUAUGUUAAUGGAGCAUGUUGACAGCACUAACUUCAAGAAGACAUGUGUAUACCUCACAAGUGCUGCAAGAAACCUUCCUGGACCUGAUGUCACGUUAGGUCUGGAUACGGCUUACAAGAUCUAUCUCAAUUUUGACGACUACGCCAAUGCCCUUGAGAUGGCACUGUCCCUAGAUGAUAAGCAGUAUGUGAAGCAGGUCUUCAUGUCUUGCGGUAAUUUUGCACGGAAGAAACGAUUCUUCUAUAUCCUUGCUCGACAUGGUAGUAUCACCUUUGAGCUUGAUAAAGAGAUGGUUCCAGAUGACGAUGAAAGAAAGGCAUUGGAGGAACUCGUCGACAAUAUUAAAGCAGCAAGAUCUCUUUCUGUUAAAAAUAUUAACUUCAAAACCUCUGAGGAGGAUUUGAGAAGCCAUUUCGUCAAAUUUAUGGAAGCGAGGAACAUUCUUAAUGUCUCGAUAAAAACGCGCAUUGCGACGGGGACGCAAGUUUCAGCAGGUUGGGGGCAAAUAGAAUUUGAUUCAGUGAGGACAGCCACCAAUGUUCGCCAGAUUUUAAAUAGAACCAUCUUAGAUGGACGCGCGCUUACUUUACAACUUUGCCGACCGGUUGAACCAGUGCCGAGUUCAACCACAUUAUUUGUGGGCAACAUUGCUCCUUCGGCCACUGAAGAGGAUAUAAGGAAGAUUUUUUGCCCGUUAGGGAAGGUGAAGAGUGUGACGCUGCCACUGCCGCCUUUGGGAACUAAAAGACGAAUUGGAUUUGUCGAGUACUCAGCAGAGCAGGAGGCACAGAGUGCUCUUCAAAGGCUGGGGGACACCUAUCUGUUUGGAUGGCGUUUGGUGAUAGAAAAAGCUAGGGAAAAGAAAAACAGAGACAAUCAAACAGUCCGGCGAAGUUAAUGAGGAAGACGAGGAUCGAUUGAACUUCAACAGAAUGGCUGCAGGUGAAAGAAUUGUUUGAAGAGACAGUACCACACAUCAUUCUUUGGUUGACCUUACACGUGUAUUCAGGAAUAAGCUUUGCAGGAGUCGGGAGACCAAUACUAACAUUGCAGCGUAAUAUAGAGUUUUGAUCGCUUAGCAGGACAUCUUACUUACCCGUUUGUUUGGAAUUCUUGCCGUUGGACUUGUGUUCUACUAAGCACAGCUAAGUUUACGUCGCUGGCUUGUAGUU